AUGGCCGGAUCAGGGGCGUCGGCCAAGGCGAAAGGGGGUCUCCUCGCUGCGGAGGUCCCGGCGACGGCCCUGGCGAUACUGCGGGACUGGUGCAGGUGGAUGGGCGUGAACGCUCAGCGAUCUCUGCUCAUCCUGGGCAUCCCAGACGACUGCGAAGACCAGGAAUUCCAGGAGGCUGUGCGGGCUGCCCUGCGCUCCCUGGGCAGGGACCGAGUGCUGGGCAAGGGCUACAGAAAGGAGCUGGGGUCCAGGGGCCUGGUCGAGUGUGCUGACAAUUUCAACCAAGGUUGGAGUCCCCGACAAACACCAGGCAAGGGGGGGGCCUGGACUGUGGCCUGCCUGCCCCAGGCCCCUGAUGCUGAGCCACAGGACAGACCCACGCCUGCACAGCCCCAGAGACAAGCAGUGGUUGGCAGGGCAGGUGAGGCAGGAGCCCCAGGUGAGGAAAAAGGUGCACAUGAAGUACAAGCUGCAGAUGAGGAAGGGGCUGCAGGUGACUCAGGAGCUGCAGGUGAGACAGGAGCCUCAGGUAUGCAUGGAGCCUCAGGUGAGGAGAAAGCUGGAGGUGAGGCAGGAGCCCCAGGUGAGGAAGAAAGUGCACAUGAAGUAGGAGCUGCAGAUGAGGAAGGGGCUGCAGGUGAGGAGGGAGCUGCAGGUGAGGCAGGAACUGCAGGUGAGGAGGGAGCCUCAGGUGAGGCAGGGGCUGGAGGUGAGGAGGGAUCUGCAGGUGAGGAGGGAGCCGCAGGUGAGGCACGGGAUGGAGGUGAGGCAGGGGCUGUAGGUGAGGAGGGAGGUGCAGAUGAGGAGGGAGCUGCAGGUGAGGAGGGAGCCUCAGGUGCGGCAGGAACUGCAGGUGGGGAAGGAGCUGAGGGUCAAGCAGGAGCUGAAGGUGAAGCAGGAGUGUCAGAUGAGGAGGGAGCCGCAGCUCUGCAGUUUAAGGUGCCCCGGUUUCACUCGAAGUCUUUCCGCCUAGUUGCGAACACUGGCGCAGGGCGGGGCGAGGGCUCCCCCUUUCGAGGGCGGAUGGUGGGCCCCACGCUGCUAGGGCGCAGCCGCGAGUGGGCCGUGUGCAGCUCGGCGGGGCGGCGGGGGCGGGGAGCUUGUAUCCCGACAGCCCCUUUCCAGGGGCUCCCGGCCCAGUGUGCACCGCGCGAGCAGCGGCAUCUCCAGCAGGUACUGGUCGGGGCCCGGGGCACAGAGAGCGGUCCAAACCGCAUGGGAUUCCGCACAGUGACCCUUGCCAUCUCCCUUGGCGUCCCAGGGGUUGGUGGCUACAGGUUUCCCCUGGAAGCACGUCCAGUACACACAGAAGAGUCCUUGGGCUUUGAGGAGGAGUCCACGGCAAGCAGAGUAUUCGAUCAGUCCCUAGAGAGUGGGAGCGCCAUGGCUAUGCAUCUGUUGGAGGACUGGUGCAAGGGCAUGGACCUGGACCCCAGGAAGGCCCUGCUGAUCGUGGGCAUCCCUGUGGAGUGUAGUGAAGAGGAAAUUAAGGAGACCCUGAGGGCGGGCUUGCAGCCCCUGUGUGCCUACAGCGUGCGGGGUAGAAUGUUCAGAAGGGAGGACGACUCUAAGGCCGUUCUCAUCGAACUGGCUGACAAGGUCAACUACGCUCUGAUGCCCGAGCAGAUCCCGGGCAAGGGAGGUAGCUGGGAAGUGGUGGUGAAACCCCGUAGCCCAGAUGACGAGUUUAUCAACAGACUGAACUGCUUCCUGAAAGAUGAGGGCCGGAGAAUGGUAGAUGUGGUCAAAACCCUGGGGUAUGGCACUUACCCUGAGGACGUAAAGCCAGAAGUCUUGACACCAGUCCUGCAGCCUCUGAACGAAAGCAUGUGGUACCGAAAGCUGAAGGUGUUUUCGGGAAGCCCUUGCCCAGGCCCGGGCGAAGAGAACUUUGAAGCCUGGCUAGAGCAGGCGACGGAGCUGAUGAAGAUGUGGCAGGUGUCUGAGGCAGAGAAGCAGCGGCGUUUGCUGGAGAGCUUACGCGGCUCCGCCCUGUCCAUCGUGCGGGUGCUGCGGGCCAACAGUGACUCCCUGACUCUGGAGCAGUGCCUGGACGCCCUGAAGCAGAUCUUCGGGAAUAAAGAGGACUACAGAACCUCACAGUUUAAGUUCCUCCAGACCGUCCAGAAGCCUGGAGAGCACGUCUCUGCGUUUUUGCUACGGAUCGAGCCCCUGCUGCAGAAAGCUGUGCGGCACAGCCCCUUGUCAGUGAGAAGCACAGACGUGAUUCGCCUGAAACACGUCCUAGCUCGUGCCUCCAUGAACGCCGCCCUCCAGGGCAAGCUCAAGCUCCUGGAUCAGCGAGGGUGUGCGCCCACUUUCCUGGAGUUAGUGAAGCUCGUCCGAGAUGAGGAGGAGUGGGAGGCCACCGUGGCAGUGACCAGGGAGAAGCAGAGGCAAAUAGCAAGGGGCCACAGGGCCCCUGGCACCCAGCUACUGGCAGAAACCAGUGUCCCAGUGCGUCCGGUCAUGGUGCAGGCAGGGCUGUUUGGUGAGAGCAGCGCUCAGGCCGUCCAGGAAGGGGAUACCCUGUCACUGAAGCGCAGGCAGGUGCCCUGGUGGUUCGAGACGGGGGAGGAAGGCCACAGCCAGGCAGAGUGUCCUAGGGCCGAGAACCAACCGCCAACAAAGCAGAAGCCUCAGCCUGCGGCAGAAGAGUUGGGAAACGAGGUGGGGGCUGGGGCCGUGAGCCACCCCAAGCCCUGGGAAGCGUAG